AUGUCAGAACCGACCCCCGUCUUCGACCCUCCGGUCCUCGAGAACGGAACAAGCGCUGCGGAAGCCGAGGGCUCUGCGACAACAACAGACAAUGGGGCACUGAAGGAGAAUAAUGGCCAAGAUGUUACAAUGGCAGGUUUGGAAGAAUCAGGAGUCAAGGCUUCUAAGACAGGAACUGAUCCGGCUCUCUCCCUCGCCAGCAACAACAACCCCACCACCACCACAACCACCGCUUCCUCCUCCACGAACCCGCCGACGCCCAACCGCACCUCCACGCCCACCGGCUCCAAGGAGGGUGUGUCCGCCCGCCUCGAGAACAACUCGUCGCGUGCCGCCUCCGCCGCGCCGGCUGACCGCACUGCUGAUAGAGUCACAAUGCCCACCGAGCCAGCUGCCCACGGCGCCCCGACCCGCCAGUAUCUCAACAGCAAAGUGACCUACCACGUCAUGGAGGGCAUGAAGAUCAUUGCAAAGGAGCAGCCCGCCGACCCCCUCCGUGUCCUGGGCGAGUUCCUGCUCAAGCGCAGCGCCGAGCUCGAUCGCGCUGCUGCCGAUGGCACUGCUGCUACUUCUGUCCCCGAGGGGGACAAGGACAAGGCGAAGGAGAAUGGCGCCGACACCACCGUCGAGCAGUAG